UAGAAAAUGGUAACGGAAAGUGCUUGAAAAUAGGAAGUUUGGCUUAUUUCCUGAUUUCUUUCGCAAUGAUGUCCCGUGUUGAAAGGGAGUUUAAUGAAUAUGAGUCUCAACAUAUUUGGCCACACGUUUAUCAGAAAAUAAAGAAUGAAGCCUCCCUGCAGUCUAUAUCAGAGAAACACAGUGUUGGAGAAGCUCGCAAACCAGAGAACCGGCUUAAAAAUAGAUACAGGGAUGUCAGUCCAUAUGACCACAGUCGUGUGGUUCUGAAUGACGGGGAUUCUGACUACAUCAAUGCUAGCUUCAUUCAGGUCCCCCAGUCCAAUAGGAGAUACAUUCUCUCACAGGGACCACUGGAGCACACAGCCGGAGAGUUCUGGCAGAUGAUAUGGGAACAAAACACUAAGGCCGUCAUCAUGCUUAAUAGGGUCAUUGAAAAGGGAACGCUAAAGUGCCAUCAAUACUGGCCACUUGGGGAGGAUGAAGAUGACGAGGAAAUGAUGUACGAAGAAACAGGAUUAAAGAUAACCCUUCAGGAAGAACAGGAGAUGCCAGACUACACACUGCGAACCUUUGACGUUGAGAAUCUACAGACCAAUGAAGUUAGAGAGGUCUACCAUUUCCACUAUACAACGUGGCCAGACUUCGGUAUCCCCAGCUCACCAAACGCAUUUCUUGAGUUCCUGUACGCUGUCAGGGAGAAGGGCGUCCUUUCCAAUAACGUUGGUCCAUCAGUCAUUCACUGCAGUGCUGGCAUCGGACGCAGUGGGACAUUCUGUCUCGUGGAUUCAGCAUUGGUUUUGGUUGAAAAAACUGGUACAAUGGAAGGCAUAGAUGUACAGUCUUUGCUCAUUUCGAUGCGGUCGUACCGGAUGGGCCUCAUACAGACGUUCGAUCAACUCAAGUUUUCGUAUAUGGCGAUUAUCGCAGGGGGCAAGGAAAUUCUCAAGUCAGCAGGGGCUCAGCAGGUUAAUAGUGUCCUUGAUGAUUACAUAAAUAGGGAAGGUGAAGAUGAGGCCCCGACUCCCCCUCAGCGUGUCGAGAGCCUCUCCCCGUCCCACAGAGGUAGCCCUCCUCCCCCACCUCCCCGCAGUUUCCCAGUUGAUGACCAUCCGGAAGGUUCUCCCAGUAAACAACGCAAACUUGAUGAGGCCCAGACAGCUAUACCACCGAAACCUCCACGUGCACAUGUUUUUCAGACAAAUGAUGAUGAUUAUGUUAAAGACUAUGAAGCAAAAGAAAUCGUCGGUGACAAUGUUAAUGACACUGAAACUGAUAAAGGUGUAAAGGGUGAGAGAUUGGACACAGAGAACAAUAAUCCUGUGGAUGAAGCGGUGAAUUUUCGUGAGGAGGAUAGAAGGGAUGAGGGCCCAGAAGGGGGUCCAGGUGACCAAGAGGGAGAGGGGAUUCAGGAGAACUCGAUGGAAGAGGCUCAGGAACAACAGGGGAACGAUGUGUCAGAGCAGGAAAGUGGUACUCAAUUAAGACAGCGUAGAAAAGAAGAAAGAGAGAAACGAAAAGAAAAAACUCAAGAAAUGCUUCGUAGAAUGAAAGCAAAGCAGCAUCAAAGUGACACUUGGAAGAAACGAAAGUCUUACUUCAAACCUAUAGCGAUAGGACUGUCCAUAAUAUUUGGAUCAUAUCUCUUAUAUAAAUUCCUAUGGUAGCUACCUUGUUUUAAUCUUUGUGUAAAUUAGGUUAUAUGUUUAUGUAGUAUUCUUCUCUAUUCAUUCUUAAUUUGCAUUUAUAUCACUUUACUUCUGUACUGCUUGGUCUUGGUUUUAGAUGUUAGAAUUAUACUCAAAGUCAGAAAUGGCAUUUUCUUGUGCACGUAGUUAGGGCUAUACAAUUUAAACAUACAACCCUCCCAUGAUGGCAAAAUGAAGAAAUUCUACAGGGGAGGUUCCAGUUUGUUGUCUGCUACAUUUUAACCCUGUUGGCUUGAACUCCCAGUGACCGACGCAAAAAACUUGAGCCUCAGAAAAUUUGAGCCAAGCGGGAAUGUUGACCUUCAAGCGUAAGAAAUCAGUCAUUUUCAUCUAGUUCUAGCAAACGAGGAUUUCGAGCCAACGGGUUUCGACUGUACAUGUCUAAAACAUAUUUUAAAAAGAGGGAAAGUACAAAUCAAACUUGCCUUCAAUGGGUGGUUUAGAGUUAUUUCACUUUAACAUAUUACCCCUGGGGUAAGGCACUUUUAAAUUAUAGCAGCCCCGUACAUAAGUAAAUUUGCCCUGCUGGGGUCCAAAUUAGCGAAAAAGACACCCAACUAUACAUUAAGAAAAUAAUUGCCUUCCCCCCGUGGGUUAUAUGUUUAAAUGGUACAGCCCUUAUUACACACACUAUGGAAACAGUAAACUUUGCUUUGAUUAAAACAUUCUGCAUUUGGUUGAGACUUUCAUCAGAUAUUAAGCAAAAAUAGAACCACUGAAUUUUUAGCUUGUCUGUUGUUGCUUUUUGAAGAAAAAAGUUUCAGAAUUAUUUAAUAGACCUGAUAUUGUUGGCACUUUUCCAGACAUUUUUGCAAAAACUGGCUUAUUCUAAGGUGAAAAAUAAAGAAGUUCAAUGGUCAAUCUGUGAGACUGCAGCUUUAACCUUGUUCAUAACUCGCAAAAUGUUAUAGAUAUUCACACGAAACAUUGUACACAUGUCACCAGUAACAAUACGCAUACAUAGCAAGUCCCAAAACUCAGAUUGUUAUUUUUUCUUAGGUCAGUAAGGGUUUCAAGCAGGUUUUAAAAAGGGGCAGGGUGCUCUAGAAAAAGGGGAAGGGUGCUAAAGAAAAAGGUCAGAGUAAUGCAGAAAAGAGGUAGGGUGUUGCAGAAAAGGGGCAGGGUGUUGCAGACUGCCAGAUAUAUUAAGUUUGUAUGUAUGAACAAUCAUAAAAUAAUCUUAAAUAAAACGAAGAAAAAAUUAUAUUAUCUAAAGCAUAAUAAAAAGGCAGGAAGUGCACUUCCUAGUCUCAGGGCAGAGGCAGAAUAAGGCCUCUAUUAAGGAAGGCAGGGUGUGGCACCCUCCCAUAACUCAUUAGCUUUAAUCCCGUAAUUAAACUUGUUAAUUAGUUUAAAAAACUGAAGAAUGUUGGCGUCUGCUUUUGAUGCGCUUGUUACUAUUGUUAUAUGAAAACGCAACAAAGCAAAUUCGCAAGUGCAAGAAAAAUAAAAUCUUAAGUGUCUAGCUUUAUGAAGUUUAAACUUUCCUCAUUAUUUUGUUUUCUAUAUCUAUUGCUAGUGAUGUAUGUGUGUAGGUUUUGAGUUUAUCAUUAUUUUCUCAACUACUGUAAACUAUGAUGUUUGCUGUAUCAUUAUUUAAGUUUUCAAAAGAUCUUUGCAGUAUUUAAAGAAUUUAAAUAUGUGAUAUAUAUUUUUGUGGUAAUGUUCCUCUUGUUAUUGUUAUUUGACAUUAGAGCAUAAGAAAGUGCUAUCAGUUAUUUUGAUAGAAAAAAGAAAAAUUGUGGUGCCUUUUUGUUAAAAGAAAAUAGUUACAAUAAAAACGAUUUUUAUUAUGUUUUACAAAAUAACACUCCCAUAUUUGUAAAUAUUGUACAUUAUAAUAGUCAUGUAUGAAAAUGCUCUUUAUUGUUACAUUUAUAAUCAAAGAUAAUUACCAGACACUGCCAAACCUCAGAAUUUCCUGUCAUAAUCGACGGCUAAAACGUAAAAAAAAUCGCAUUUUGGUGACCUCCCAUAUAAAUUCCAUUGUAAACCUGAAUAUUGUACAUGAGAAAUUAAAUUUGUAAAACCAAAUCUCUGGAAAGGCAUUUUUUGUCCUAACUAUCUGACAGUAGGUUUGAUUUCUUUGUAAAGUUCUUAAGACCUUAUGAUUAUUACAGGUCAGUUCUUAUGGUCGAAUAGGUUUGGUGGUGUUUGAAUUACUGUUUAACCAAAUGUUAUUAAUUCUGAAAUUCUGAAAUUAAUAUGGCACUUAACCUAACUGUCUGUUUUUUGUAUUUUAUUCAGCAAUCUGCCAUCGUAUGACACAUAUAAACUCGUGAUAGUGAUUGUGAACAAACAAGUGUUCUACAAGUUUAUUUCAAAUAGGGUUUAAAGGCCGAACUAAGUUUUAAGAAAGGUUUGAAGUAUGUUAAAAUUGACUGAUUAAAUUAAAAUGUUUUGUAAUGUUGUUAAUGCAGCUCAAUGCCUAUUUAUGUUUUAAAAACUAUUUUGAUGAUUAGUUGUUUUUUUAAGUCAAUUCUUUAACAGAAAAGAAGCAAACAUAUCGCUUGUACUAGAAAUGUUGUUUUGAUUAUUUGAAUCUACUCACUUUUAUUGACUGUAUUUGUUAAGAAAGGUAAACAAGGAGUUGCACAUCGUUGGCAACCAUGGUACAACUUCCGUUACACUUCAUACAUACUGUGGGACAAUUGACUGACAAAAUCUCGUUUUAAUGAAUAUGCAUGAGGCAGGAGAGACAACUCUUCUUCCAAUGAAUUUGCAUGUUACACUCAAAUAUUGUUCAAUAAUCGUAGUGUCAGUAGCCUCCAUGGCCGUGUGGUCUUGACUACUGCUAAAUAUUAUUGUACUGGGAAGGCGGACCCGAGUCACUAAAGCAUCUGGUACUUUGUGGUACCAACGAAACUGCCUCAUUAAUUAUUCAUGAUUACGAGAUUUUCAAAGCCAAAUUGCCCAAGGUACACAACGAAGCAUAGCAUAGUUUGUAUCAGUGGUAUCCGGCGAUGGGAGUUGCCAUGCCACGGGUAAUUUGUUAAUCAUGUCAUAUUUAUAUUUCACUAAUUCAAACAUAAAGUCAUUUGUUGACAUACUCAAUUACAUGGACAUUUAUGGUAAGCCAUCCUGUAUACAAUAACAGUUGAACCUUGUUGGCUCGAUCUCACAGGGACCGUCAAAAGUACCUCGAGCCUCGAAAAAGUCGAGCCAAGCGGGAAUGCUUAUCUUCCGGUUAAAGAAAUUGGUCCUUAAAAUCCAGUUCGAGCCAGUGAAGAAUUCGAGCCAAGAGAGUUCAAGCCAAAGGGGUUCGACUGUAUUGCUAAUAAUAUGAACAGCUUCCAACAGUUAUCGGUCUAAACGUAAUAAUGACAUUCACAUGUAAUUAAAUAAUAUGUGAUCAAAGUAACAUAAAUAAAUCAAAUAUGUGAUGAAAAUUGAAUAACUGCCGGGCCAUCUUAUUGAUGCAUGUAUCUUGUAAUCGUAUAUUCCAAUCAAUAUUACUAAGUAGUUAAACUUAGGAAUCUUAUUGGUCAGUUUAGGUAAUGUUUACUUGAUUUUGCAAAUUGACCAAAUUAUUUUGAGGACUCAAAUUUAUAUUCAUUUGAAAUUCUCGAUUGUAAGGAUUUUUGUCAUACACCCAUUCAUAAGGUGGCCUCUGUGUUUACAGUGAAACAUAUUCUGAAGGUUAUGGAGACUUCAAAGGUCCUUCAUAUAUAUAGAUUCACAUGAUGUGUAGAGAGUGAAGAUGUCCCACACAUCGUAAGACCUAUUUUACCUUGGUACGACUCGGUUACGUUUACAACUCUAUUAUGGUUGCGCUCAGGUCAGACUUAUUCUUGUUAGUGACUGGACUGUGCCUAAACCCAAUUGAAAUUGAGAUUAACAUAUCAGUAAUUUUAUUUAAAAAAAAAAUUGGUCCAUUAUGAAAUUAUGUCAUUUAUGUUCAUUUUGUUAAUGGGUUUUAACUGCAGUUGGUUUAAACAAUAUUUAUUUCAAUUUUGAGAUAUACAAAGAUUGAGCAGUUUCAAAGAUUUCACUGCCGCAAAGAUAAGUGAUAAAUGCUUAAAUUAUCACUGCAGAUUUGAGAUUGGAAGCUUUGAAGUUACUCUUGUAGUGAAUUGCCGAUGAUUUACAAUUCAGAUUCUUUCUAGGCAGUUAUAACAUAUAGUUGCUCGGUGAAUCCAAUGGGAAAGCAUACACAUUUCUUUUAUUAUGAGAAUGACAGCUGAUAAAAGAUUAUUAGCACCAACACAAAGUGCUGUAAAUAUCAGAUUAUCCCUUCUCACACUUGUAAUUAGCAUGUGUCGUUAAGACCAACGGAGCGAGCGUUCUAGCAAAAAUAUCAAAGUUGAAAAUAUGACCGACCAUUUGACAGGUUAGAAGUGUUGAGUAAUCAUAGUGAGCAUUGUACAAUUUUUAUGGUGUUAUUUACAUCUAGUUCUGAUAUUUGAGGAUAGUAUCUUGUAUCGUUAUCUAGUUCUGAUAUUUGAGGAUAGUAUCUUGUAUCGCUAUUUAUAAUUUUUAAGAAAGAAGGGUCAUUUGUUUUGAGUCAGAAAUUCAUGCCAUUUAUAAAGACAAGUUCUUAAUAUCAAUUAAGUUCUUUCCUAAUUCAACCCCCUUCACACGAAUAAUGAACCAAAUUCAUUUUUUAUAAAAUUAGUGUUAAUAAUAGGGUAACAGGUUAUAUGAAAGAUGACAGCAGGUGUGCAGAAAAAAUGGUGGCAUUUGUGUAUUUUUAUGGCAAUGUGUGUCAGAACAAGUAUGAUAUACAUGUAAGACUCAAAUCUAUGGCUAGCCCCAUAGCAGUGGCCAUUCCCACAAACGCGGCCAAUUUAUUCCACAACCAUGGCCCCCCCUAGAUUAGGCCCAUUUCCCGCUAUAAUUAAAGCGAAGACAAAACCACCGCAUUCACCUGGCACUGCGGGGCCACCUGAAAGGUAAAAACCAAUUGUGGUUACAACUGACUGGUGCAUUAUAUUUAUAUUUGCUUAGGUAAUACUUUUAUGAGAAAUAAAGUUGGGGCUGAACCUGUUUAAAUGUGUAUUAUACAAUUUGGACCUUGUUGGUGGGAUUUUCUACAGGUGUGGGGCUUGUCAUAGAUCUUAAUCUUAAAUAUAUAUUCUACUUUGUCGCUCAUAUGUGUUGACUUACCAUUGUAAAAUCACUGACAUUGAUACAUUUUCCACAAUAUUAUAAGUUUAGUUUACAAUUAUAUUGUAUUAUAGUUUGUAUUCAAGUCAAGUGUUGAUAAUGUUAGUGUUUAUAAUAUGUUAUGUGAAUUGUAAAUAUUUGUAUUAUUCUAAGGACUUGCCAUGUUGUAUAUAAGAAUGUUAAAGAGAUAAAAUAUAUAUUUUCAUAGCUUUAAUCAAAUGUCUCUGAUCUGUGUAUGAAUGAUGUAACUGUCAUGAUUUUUAAUGGGGGGAGGGGGAUAUUUCUCUGGCUCCAAUUUCUCGAAACUUCUUAAGCUUAACAGGCUUAAGUAGCGUAUUUCAAUAUGGCAAAAUAAUACUUAAAUUGCAUUUUUACGGUAUUCAUGAACAAUGAUUUAUUGUGAUUAUCGAUAUGUUUAUUUCUAUCUAAAGCAAAAAAACUCUUAAAGAAGUAGUUAUUACACAAAUCAUUGAAAGACAAAAAAUAGUGAGCUUAGCUUUAUCCUGUUUAUAAUGGAUUUAAGAAGUUUCGAGAAAUUGGGGCUAGAGUUAUAACUGUUAAAAGUACAAAGCAACUUCUGUGAAAUCAUAUAUUUUCGUCAGCACGCAUUUGUGGUAUAACGGAAAAAACGGCAACUAAUAAGAUAUUCUACUUUCAAUAACGCUGUCAAAAUUUUCUUGCAUUCUCACUAUUAUUAACAAAACUAACAUGAUUGUGUUAACUAUGUUCAAAUAGUCCAAUGAUUCCGGUGAAAGCAUAAUUUGUCCAAGUCUAACAAAAUGGCUGAAAUAUUAUGACUGGAACCUUCUCGACAAAACAGACUUAACAGAUAUACUAUAUAUAACAUAUUGAAAUUUUUACAGUACUAAAACUUGUUUUACAGUUACUUAUACGUGCCAUAACUAUAACUAGAUUUAUUCUAAACUACCUAAUUUUUUAUUCUUAUCAAUCUUUUAAUCUAUGGUAACUAGACUACAAUACAGUGUAGUUUAUCGUGCCAUUUUUUGUUCUAGUUCAGAUAGCGAAAAAGAGAGUAAAGAAAAUUUCAAGUUGUGCAAAAAAAAUGGGAGAUAUUAAAAAUAUGAAAAACUACCAUUGGGCCGAUUGUUCAGAGCUGUGUUUAAGUUAACAACAUUGUUUAACUACAGCAUUGUUAACUUUCAAAUCUUUAAUGCUCUGGAAGGUUCAAUGGACACACUUGUGUCUGCAGUAUUUCUAACAUGAUUUGAGACAUCUGUUUCAGUUGUAUUUGUUUUAUUCAAAUUCAUGAGCACAUCUUGAAGUAUUUCACAAUUUAGAGUUAACAAUGGUGCUGUGAACAAUGUUAUUUACUUUAUCAAAGGUUUGAACAAGCGGCCCAUUUUUUGGAUAUUAUUUUCUUCUGAAUUUUACAUAACGAGAACUUCUUUGAUUUAUAUAUAUUACACUGAACAAGAGUACACUUAGUUUUUGUAACCUGUUGAAUUAGUAACCAUGCAGUGUUUCCAUCUGUCCAUAUUUAGAUUAUAUGACUGUAUCAAAUUACACUUUCCAGAAACAUGUGCAUUGCACAACAUCUUGGGAAUUUAAUACACUUUGCACAGUAAAAGUUCUACAAUGUGAUAAUGUUGUAACCUCAAUGAAUUUUAGCACUUGCUGUAAAUAUUUUGUUAGCACUAUUUUAAAAGAGAUGCAUUAUUGAAUAUCGAAAGUACAAUUUAUCGGAUAGUGAAGCUUAGUAUUAAAAAAACCCAACUUUUAUAAGCUUGAGAACUAGACAGAUUCUGGUAUCAGUUAAGUUGUAGUUCUUAUACUGUAAAUAAUCAGAACUCAACAUGUAUUACAAGGGUCAAGCUAUUUUUGUUGCCAUCCUACUAACAUGGUCCGGCAAAAUAUAAGAUCCGGAAAAUUGAAUGAAUACUGGGGGAGUGUCUCAAAAUCCUCAAAAUCCAAGUGUUUGAGUGUCUCAAAAUCCAAUUUGCAUGUAAAAAUAAAACUAGAGACACCUAUGGUGUAAGGACCAAAAAUAAAAGGUUAAGCAAAUUGGUCGUAUAAAUGUGUAAAAGAUAUCCAGCUUUCCGUCAUUCAUUCACCUGUGUACAUUCAUGUAUUAUUUGCCUGGCUAUUUCAUAAUUCUCAAAUGAAUAACCUGAAUAAAAAAGAUCUAUGUA